AGUUUCUUUGCGCUGUCUGACUCGAUGCAGCGUGCAAAAUGGAGGUCUGAUCUUGCCUAGCUUGGCGACAUCAAUAUCGAUCCAAUCUCCGGAUCUUACACCAGUUGACGCAGGAUUCGGCUGCAUCGGAGUUACGUCCAGUGGAAAAUAACCUUGGCAAGGUGCGCUCUCGGCGAGACACGCCCAAACAGAAUAAUACGGUGGGAAGUUGAGAGUGGGGAACGGUGAUGCGUCGACGACUUUGCGAGAUUUCUUGACGUGGUCUUGGGCGCCCUCGGCCUUGUUUGCGUUGCCAUGUGGCGCGUGGUCCUCCUUUCCUAAUCAGGAAGAGGCUUUACACCUACCCAAACAUUACGACGGUGCUCCGACUUUCUCUAGCAUAACCCAACUGUUGCACAGCCAAUGCCGCACGAAGAUUCUGAUCGUGAGAGGAGACGCCGUCGUCCGUCUCGAGACCCAGAAAGCGAUCGAGAACGAAGGAGAGAGCCAGAUCAGUACCGGCGAAGACGAGGUCACCGAGCGACAGACAGCCAGGGCGAGCUUCUUCCACGCAGCCGUGACAGAAGUUCUCAAGAUUACGGGAGUAGCAGCACACCUAGGCAUAGGAGAGAGAGCAGGGGCGGGAGCAGUAGUGGGCAGCAAUUGAGUACUGGGAGUCUCGCGCAGCUCAAUUCCGCAAAUGCGAAGCGAGGCUAUAACCCGCGGGGAUACGAUGCAGACUAUCUCGAGGAAGUGCGCGCAAAGGAAAGAAAACUAGAAAAAGAGAGGCGAAGGGAAGAGCGAGAAGCAGAGCGAGAGCGGCGGCGCGCUGCCCGUCACGCUGAACGAGAGGAGCGCAACCGUCUAGAGGCCUUGCAGCGAGACCGAGAUGACGAAGCCGAGCGAGAUCGAAUAAAAGCAGAGGAGCGUGAGAGGAGACGCGAAGAGAAGAGACAGCUGCGUCGCGCUGAAAAGGAGAGACAGAGACAGCUGGAACUGGCCCAGGAGGAGGCGGAAGCUGAAGCCCGAGAAAGACAACGAGUAGCACACCGAGAAAGGCAGCGGCAGUUGCGCAGAGAGGAAGAGCGAGAGCGCCGACAUCAAGAGUCGAAUCUUGGGAAUGAGGAUGAAAACGAUCACGCCAGCUCGCCGGCCGUUCGUACUCCACGCAAAACGAAAUGGUGGCUCGGCGGUGGCUACGAUGAACUCCAGAACGAGGACAGUCCACGGGCAAGGUACUUUGAACAAGCACAUUCGCCGAAGAAGAAAUCGCGUGUUAUCAGCGGACCGUAUCUCGAAGAUCAGCGGAGCGAAGAGGUGUAUGAGUAUCGUAAAGAAAAGCUCGAGGGCAGCAGCCAAGCGAGCGAUUACACCAGCACCACUCUGUGGAAAAAGAAGAGAAACAAGAGAAUUUGCAUAUAUGUAUCUGUUCUGAUCGUUGUCUUGAUUAUCAUCAUUCCAGUCGCAGUGGUCAUGUCCAAGAAGAAGUCGAGUAGCUCAAGCUCAAGCUUGACUUCAUCAGCAACCUCCUCAAAGCCUGCCAAUAGCAACCUGGACGGCUUGAACCCUGACAGCGUACCGGCCGACAAAAAGGGUACAUACUACGACCCGUGGUCUUGGUACGACACGGAAGACUUCAACUGCACGUACACAGACGCCACAGUGGGUGGGCUGCCGAUCAUAGGACUGAACAUGACAUGGGACGACAGCGUGCAAUCCAAUCCCAACGUUCCAAGAUUAAACGAGACGUUUGAAUAUGGUACCAUGCCGAUCCGUGGAGUAAAUGUUGGUGGCUGGCUCUCUCUGGAACCAUUUAUAACGCCCUCUUUUUUCGACAAGUUCUCCAGCCGUGACGGCGUCAUCGAUGAAUGGACGCUCACUUCCAAUCUCGGUAGCAAAGCUGCUUCGAUAAUUGAACCACACUACUCCUCCUUCAUUAAUAAGCAAACCUUCAUCGACAUCCGAGCCGCCGGUUUCGACCACGUGCGCAUCCCUUUCAGUUAUUGGGCCGUCACAACGUACGACGGCGACCCUUACGUUCCACAAAUAUCCUGGCGCUAUCUGCUCCGCGGCAUCGAAUACGCGCGGCAGAAUGGUCUCCGUGUCAACUUGGACCUUCACGGAGCCCCUGGAAGUCAGAACGGCUGGAAUCAUUCUGGUCGUCAAGGUAUUAUUCGUUGGCUGAACGGCACGGACGGUGCAUUGAACGGUCAACGAACUAUUGACGUGCACAACCAGCUCUCUCAAUUUUUUUCACAACCUCGUUACAAGAAUCUUGUGACUAUGUAUGGACUCGUAAAUGAACCUCGUAUGGUAGCCCUUAACACGGACUCGGUCGUCGCCUGGUCCGAAUCUGCCAUCAGCACCAUUCGUAAGAAUGGCUUUGACGGGAUUAUCGUCUUUGGAGAUGGUUUCCUGGGUUUAGAUAAUUGGCAAGGGCGCAUGCAGAAUUACGAUAAUCUUGUGCUUGAUGUGCACCAGUACGUUAUCUUCAACAACGAGCAGAUCUCGCUUGACCACUCUGAUAAGCUCAACUUCGCUUGCAAAGGCUGGACUGCUCAGACUCUGCGCUCGAUGAACAAAGCAACGGGGUUUGGACCGACCUUGUGCGGGGAAUGGUCUCAAGCAGACACAGACUGCACGCAGUACUUAAAUAAUGUUGGCGUUGGCUCCCGCUGGACAGGGACCUUAAACACGGGGAACGAGAGCACGCAAGUACUCACUCCUCAAUGUCCAACGAACAACAACCCCGUCUGCAGCUGCGACGGUGCCAACGCAGACCCAUCGAGUUACUCUGACGUGUACAAAGAUUGGCUGAUGAAGUUUGCCAUCGCCCAGAUGGACAGCUUUGAGAUGGGCUGGGGUUGGUUCUACUGGACAUGGAAGACGGAGAGUGCAGUGCAGUGGAGUUGGGAACUCGGAUCCCAGGCAGGGAUUUUACCCAAAACCGUGUAUGACCGGAGUUGGAAUUGCAAUCAAACGAUACCGGAUUACGCGUCAGAGGGUUUACCUGAAUAUUACUAACGAGAACAUCUAGGAAGGAAAUGUGGAAGAAAGGACAACAUGUGAGGCGUUUUGUAGAAGAUUCGGUUCUUGUUUAGCGUAACGUUUCUCGACAUGAGGAUUUCCUGGAGAAAAUGUACAUUAUGGUUGAUGACGUUCGCGACAGUGAAUGAAAGGUGCAUCAUUGUUGAAUGGG